AUGUUCCACGUUCCCUGCUACUCCUCGGCUCUUCCACUAUUUCUAAUCGGUCUCUCAUUCCCAAUUUUCUUCUACGCUGCAGAAGAAUCAGAUCCUUCAAAACAUGAAUUGAAGCAUACAAUUGCUUUCCUGUCUUGCACAAACUUUGCCAUCCUCAUCUGUCUUCUUUACUUCAUCAACCAAUCCAACGUCAUCAAAAUAUUCUACCUCAAAAAUUUAAAAGAAGUGUUCUCCUGCAUCUUCCUUCAUAUCUUUGUUUUCUAUGUUGGACCCUACCUAUUCGACUCCACUUCCCCAGAAGUGUAUUCUGCAAAAAAGACGUUCUUCCAAGUCAACAUAUUUUACCUAUUCCUUGUCAAUUUGGAUCUCUAUCUUUUCUAUAAAUAUCAAUUCCUGAUUGGUGACAGACAAACUUUAAUGGAUCCGGGAAGAAGUUCAGUCUAUUAUGUCAAUACUGAAGCAGUAAGCAAUCGAGCUGCCAAUUUGUCGAAUGGAGUCGAUAUCAUGACUGGAGGUCCGUUGAACGAAGAAGUUGAUCUUGGAUAUGAAUACUAA